AUGACGAUGUCAUCACCCACAACCUCUGCGCGGAAGGCUGUUCAUAAGCUCGACAUUGAAAAGGUCUCUCUAAACCUUCAAGACCGCCUCGGACUCGCCAAAGUAAAAUAUGAACAGAUGUACUGCCUCUCCACGGAUCCAUUGGACGGCAGCGAAGGACUUAGUGCGAACGGAAAACGCUCCUCCUCGACCUUCUCGAAUGGAUACCGCCGCUUUGAGACUCCGGCAGCUUCCACUCCCGUCACAAGCCCAAUUCUCACGAAGGACCUGCCACGCUCUGCCCGAAGCAAACAUGCAGCGAUGUUUGACCUGAGAUCCAUGGAGGCAAUGACGAACGGUUCUCGGAAACGGAGAAGAUGCAAUUCCAUAACCCAGGAACCUACUAAGCUCCCGCGUUUUGCUGGGGAUCACCGCUCCGCGAUUCCACCUUCGUCUCCGACCGUUGGCCGACAGCGUCCUGCAGUUCUUGUCCACACAGCUUCGUUUGUAUCGCAGUCCGAUACCAUCCCAGACGAUUCACUGCUAUCCCCCGAGAAAAUUUCAGAGCAUGACAUCGACCCGGAACUCCCGACAAGCGCUUCAUUGAUAAGCUCCUCUCCUCCGCGUACGCCAUCCCCGCGACGCAAUCGGCUUCCCAUCAAUAACCGUAAUAACCAAGAUGGCGCUGAUCUUCUGAUGUACCUUGCAAACUCGCCCACUCCCAUGAAUCUUGGAGAGAAAGGGCGUGUUCCCGACUUUCUUCCUUCCACCCCGCCUGCCCAACACACCUACCUGCCCUCCCUCCUGUCCACCCCUGGUGGAGGAUUCGGAGCGAAUUUCAGCACACCCGGCCAGCCAUUCAAUUUUGCUGACUUUGUCAAUGUGACUCCAAGCCCUGCCCAGCGGCGGUGGGGCAGCCGUACUCCGCAGGUUAUUCCAAAGACCCCAACCACGACGAAGGAAGUGCGGAAACGACUGAACUUCGAUGCACUCCCCCCACCGACGGGUGCCAGCCCAGCGCCGGAGUCUGCUGAGAGGAAAGUCAAACUGGCACUCCAACUCGGUGAAGAAUUACAUUUCUAAAUGGUUUUUUUUUAACUGACACUUAAUUCCCCCUUUUUUAGCUACUAUUUUAUUCAUGAAUCCUUAUGAUAUAUGGAGUAUGGAUGUGUUCAACUAUUCGAAAAUUUUUUUUUUUUUGUUGCUAUUUUCACACAGGUUGAUCGCAACCCCGAUGUCGAAAUACUGCCCUUACUAGUGUCCUACACUUUUUUUUGCACCCUGUGUCUGCUGUCUUCACAGAGCGUCUGUCCCUCCAAGUGAUGUUUCCCACUGUUGACUUUGUUUCCCCAGCACGUCACGGUCAACACCUGUAUUUUCUGUCAGAGUAUACCCCCGUUCUCAAGAAUGCUCCCUUUUGAGCAGUGCCAGUCCCCCAGCAAUGUUCUCGUAGCCGAGAAAUCCAUAACCAACUACAAAAACAAGAAUUGAAGCA